ACACAUGCAUUUUAAUACAAAUACACAUAUUCAUAAACACUCAACUAGGGUUUUAAUACUGUAUACAAUACAAUUAAAAUGAUAACAAAUGUGCAUUAACAAUUGUAUGUUUUUAUUGGUGACUGACACUAUAACUGGUUCUAUAACCGCGCUCUCUCUUGCUCUCUUGCUCUCUCUCUCUCUCUCUCUCUCUCUCUCUCUCUCUCUCUCUCUCUCUCUCUCUCUCUCUCUCUCUCGCUCUCUCUCUCGCUUUCUGUCUCUCUCUCUCUCUUUCUGUCCUUCCUCUCAGGUGAGGACUCAGACUCAGACUCGGAUCUCUCUUUGGAAGGGGAACGUAGUCUCUCCAUCCCCUCCUCCGAGAGUGAGGACAACGUUCGUCUCCGUGGACGCAUCCAACGGCGUUUCAAACGCACCAAUCACAGCGAGCGGCUGCUCACAGAGCCCGCCCAGAAUAGCACCAAAGGUACACACAGACACAAAAAAUUAUGUCAGACUGAUAGACUGACAAAUUAAUACAUACAGAUAUCAUAAAUGUCAGAAACCGAUAUCCAUAAAUCAAUAAAAAUCAUUAUGCAUUUACAUGUCACUUCUACAAAACAUUCUCUCAUAUUGGAUACAGUUGUGAUUUAUUUGGAAUUGUUGGCCAUUGGCCAUUGUCCAUCUUUGUGUGUCAGACCUGGACGGCAAUGACCUGCUCUCCUAUUGGCCAGCGCUGGAGGAGUGCGAGGUCCACUCCCUGCAGAAGUGGGGCUCAGAGCGCCGCCUAGGGGCCAACUACAGCAAGGACGCCACCAACAACAACCAGCCUGACGCAGCGCUGACCAGCGGGGACGAGAACGGCCUAACAGGACAGCACAGCCGCCACCGCAAGGGUGAGUCACAACCUCAGUAACCUUGCCCCUGGACCAGAUGCUACUAUUUUGGUCUGUGGGUAUCAAUGGUUGACUUUGGCGUGCUGAUGACCAACAUUUAUUACCAAUGGGUUCCACAUACAGCUUCAUGUAGACUCAAAGGCCAAAAUACAUACACAUUAUUAAAACAUUUUCUCUCUUCUCAUCCCUCCCUGCUGUCUCAGGCAUCCUGAAGAACCGUAUUGGCUGUCCACCGGCCCUGCAGGGUCUCUCCACCAUGGGCCGGGUCCCCAGCGAUCUCUCCUGGUACCGCACCUCCACCCUGGGCCACAGGGGCGUCCCGGCAGCCUCCUAUGGCCGCAUGUACUCUGGGACAGGCUCCCUGUCUGGCACGGGCUCCUUGUCCCAGCCCGCCUCCCGCUACUCUUCCAGGGAGCACCUGGACUCUCUGGCUCGCCGCCAGUUCUCCAGAGACUCUCUGGGCCGCCAGGCUGGAGGAGGGUCCCAGAACCGCCUGGAUCGCCAGGGCUCCCGGGACAACCUGGACCUGCUCCCCCGCCGCCGUGAGCCGGGCCUGGACAGAGCCUCUAGGGAGAACCUGAGCAGCUCCAGAGACAGGCUGGACAUCCAGCAGCACAGCGCCCACGCCUCCCAGGAGGACUUGAGUGGGAAUGGAGGUGUGGCGCUGAGUCUGGGGGGGUCACGCUCCCAUCUCAACACCCUGAUGCGACGCCAGGCCUCCUCUCGUGAACACCUGGGAGGAGCGCUGAUGAGCAGCCGCUCCCGCGAGCAGCUGGAGGCCAACGGGGGCGGUGGGGUGACCCAGUCCCAGCCUUGCAGGGAGUGGCUGCGCACACUGCCCCCCCGCCAGCCUUCGCACCCUGACCAGCCACCACCCUCCUCCCCUCCGCCCCCCAUCAGUGAGGAGCCCCAGGAGUCCCCCCUACCCCGCCGCGGCAGGCUGGACUCUGCCCCCCCGUGUAGGUACCCCCUCCCUGCCCUCGGCGCCCCCCCCAGCCGCCACCCGUCCAGCGAGCACCUGGACAUCCUGUCCUCCAUCUUGGCCUCCUUCAGCUCCUCUGUGCUCACCCCCCCAGCCCCCUCCUCUGCACAGGGACCCUCCCCCUCCCCGCCCCACUCCGCCACCUCCCACAGCAUCUCUGAAGUGUCCCCAGACUCUGAGUAAGUCCUGAACUCAAUCACUCACUCACCUUCAUCAACCUGCUGCCUUUUCUCUUCACACUCCUGCUCUGCUCUCUUUCUCUCACUUUCCUCACGCAUCCAUCUUUUUGGUCCUCCCUCUUUUUGUUCAUCCCUCUUUUUGGUCAUCCCUCUUUUUGGUCCCCAUCAAAGAUGUGGUGAUUUGGAUUCUAAAUGUGUCAUAGACUACAUGUCAGGAGAUUUAUGUAGCAUUUAUCACAGUGAUGUUAUUUUCCCUUGUCACUGAUUGUGGUCUCUCUUGCCUCUUCAGAGUCAACAGAAGUGAAGGACAGUCUUGA